CAUCAAACAGUGUCAAUCACUUUGCAAGUCCCUGUAUGUCCAUACCCUCCUGUCCACAUAUCUCUAAAAUGUCUGAAAUCGUUGUUCCAAACGAGGCUGGGCUGCAGCACAAACUGGCCGAAGCCAUUAGGGCUAUUGACAGCCGCGCAACGGACGAGCCGCAGUCCAUCGCCACAGGGAUAUCGCGCUCAGUGGCGCAAGCAUUCGCUGAUAAGGUCGAGCGGAAGGGAUUCCAAUACAGCGGCGACGAGGCCUGCAGCGAUUUGACUUUCUUCCGCGACCCCUCUGGGCCCCACGAGACAGCGGCGGAGUACCUGGUGCAGCCCUUGAUAAACUGGUUGCAGCCAUGGAGCACGUUCAGCAAGUUGCUGCGGCUUGGCGGCAGCCGGACAACACACUUGCCUGGGAUUGUUGCGGAGCCGGAUCAGUGCUUGCGCGUGCGUAGAAACCCGCCGCACAUUAUCGUCGAGGUCGCGUACCGGCAAUCGCGCCCCAGGUUGUUUGAGGCCAUGUCCCGGUGGCCUGCACCUGGUCUGUGUUCCGGGCCGGCUCGGCUGGUCUUCGGCGUUGACGUGCAGUACCCGCCGCCUGCUGGAGUCCCCCCGCGCAUAGACAUCUUCAUGGAGCGCCCGGGACAGCAGCAGCCAGAAGUUGUUGUCGCUUGCGGUGCGGGGAGCGGAUGCAUUGCGCCGGCUCUGCGGGAGUACACCAUCUUCCUGCCCCUUCACGACGUGCACUUCGGUGUUUCGUGGCUCACACGCACCGCCAUCAGCAUCCAGCUGGCUGUGACGGUGCCGCUGUACAGUAUGUAUGGGUGCCCGUACGCCGUGUGGGAUGUGCUGAGCGGCAGGCGCAGCGUGUGGCAGCUGGUCAAGGCUUGCGUACGGUCCAUGGGUGGACCGUGGUGGGGCGUGGUGCCUCUUGACACCUUCGAAGUGCGGCAGGAGGUGUUCAUGGAGUUGAACUGGUGCCACCAGGUGCGCAACCUGUGCUGACCUGGGUGCGGCUGAUCUCUCUGGUGAUUACUACGUAUCUAUUCAGUCAUCAAGGGAAUUCACCCUCAGCGUGAUGCAGCAUCCAUGAUAAAUGCGACUGCAUCUCGGCCUGAAGGCUGGUGGCUAUAACGUUGGUGGCGUUGCAUUGGGGUGCGGAGCUAGAGUGGAUGGAAAGCGGCCAUGGAGGCUGGUCAUGAGUGAUGUGUGGCACUCACGAUGACGGCACACAUAAGAAGGUGCAUGGAGUUGCAGUAGGGUGACAUUGCAGGGGCCGGCCGCAGCAACGCCUCCAUCUGAUGGGGGCCGUCUUCAGUUUCGCGCGGUGACUGCAUGACUUAGUGUGUGCACGUAAUGAGUGGGGAAGCGGCAGUGAGAGGUAGGUAGGCAAAUUCAAUGAUGAGACGCUGUUUAAAAGCAGACUU